UUCGUGACCGAUGACGUGUCUGAGGAAUCAGAUGCUGCUACGCAGGCAGCAGCUACGCUAGCGCUGGUGCUUAGACAUCACUAAAUGUUUGAAUUCUGACACGCAUAUCUACAUUUCACGUAUGUAAAUAUAUCUACCGAAAACUGAACUAGUCGGUCGAGGCAAAAUGGCCGUGUUUCACUGUGUCCGUGUUGUGUUUGUGUUGCUUUUCGUGUUGCGGGACGCGGUGAGUUUCUAUCUCCCUGGUUUGGCCCCGGUUAGCUUCUGUGAGAAAGAAGAGAGCGAAAAACACACUGACGUACCGGACUGCAAGUCAACCAUUGAGCUGUUUGUGAACAGGCUGGAUUCUGUGGAGUCUGUUUUGCCCUACGAAUACACAGCGUUUGAUUUUUGUGCUGAUGAGCCUGAGAAGCGUCCAUCUGAGAACUUGGGUCAGGUGCUGUUUGGAGAAAGAAUUGAGCCGUCCCCGUAUAAGUUUUUCUUCAAGAAGAAUUUGGAGUGCCAGAGAGUCUGUCUUAAAUCUUACAACACAGAAAAAGCAGAGGAAAAAGCCAAACUGGACUUUCUGAAGAAGGGAAUGCUCCUCAAUUACCAACACCACUGGAUUGUCGAUAAUAUGCCGGUGACCUGGUGUUACGAUGUGGAGGACAAUCAGAAGUUCUGUAAUCCAGGUUUCCCCAUUGGUUGCUAUGUCACAGAUACGGGACGGGCCAAAGAUGCCUGCGUGGUCAGUGCUGACUUCAAUGACAAAGACACCUUCUACAUCUUCAACCAUGUGGACAUCACCAUUUUCUACCACGUGGUGGAGAACGAGGCUGCUGGUGCCAGACUGGUUGCAGCUAAAUUAGAGCCCAAAAGCUAUAAACACACCAACAUGGAGAAACCAGACUGCAAAGGACCUCCCAUGAGUCUGAACAACAAGUUCAAUGGAGAAGUCAAGAUUCCCUACACUUACUCCGUCAAGUUUGUGGAGGACAAACAGAUUCGCUGGGCCUCUAGAUGGGAUUAUAUCCUUGAGUCUAUGCCACACACCAACAUUCAGUGGUUUAGUAUCAUGAACUCUUUGGUCAUCGUACUCUUCCUCUCUGGGAUGGUUGCUAUGAUCAUGCUCCGAACACUCCAUAAAGACAUCGCCCGAUACAACCAGAUGGACUCUGUGGAGGAUGCCCAGGAGGAAUUUGGCUGGAAGCUUGUUCACGGAGAUGUCUUCAGGCCUCCCAGGAAAGGCAUGCUGCUGUCUGUGUUCCUGGGCUCUGGGACUCAGAUCUUCAUCAUGACGUUUGUUACUCUCUUUUUUGCCUGUUUGGGUUUCCUGUCACCUGCCAAUCGUGGGGCUCUGAUGACGUGUGCAGUGGUGUUGUGGGUGCUCCUGGGUACUCCAGCUGGUUAUGUGGCUGCCCGCUACUACAAAUCCUUCGGUGGGGAGAAGUGGAAGACCAAUGUUCUGCUGACAGCAUUUCUUUGUCCAGGAGUGGUGUUUGCUGAUUUUUUCGUAAUGAAUCUGAUUUUGUGGGGCGAGGGUUCAUCAGCUGCCAUGCCCUUUGGCACUCUGGUGGCCAUCCUGGCUCUGUGGUUCUGUAUCUCAGUGCCCCUCACCUUUAUUGGAGCAUACUUCGGUUUUAAGAAGAGCGGCAUUGAACAUCCUGUGCGGACCAAUCAGAUCCCCAGACAGAUUCCAGAGCAGUCCUUCUACACCAAACCUCUUCCUGGCAUUGUCAUGGGUGGAAUCCUGCCAUUCGGCUGCAUCUUCAUCCAGCUGUUCUUCAUCCUCAACAGCAUUUGGUCUCAUCAGAUGUACUAUAUGUUUGGCUUCCUCUUCCUGGUCUUUAUCAUCCUGGUCAUCACCUGUUCUGAGGCCACCAUCCUGCUCUGCUACUUCCACCUGUGUGCUGAGGACUAUCACUGGCAGUGGCGCUCCUUCCUCACCAGCGGAUUCACAGCUGUUUAUUUCCUGGUCUAUGCCAUCCAUUACUUCUUCUCUAAACUGCAGAUCAGUGGACUCGCCAGCACCAUUCUUUACUUCGGCUACACCAUGAUCAUGGCACUCAUCUUCUUCCUCUUCACAGGUACAAUUGGAUUCUUUGCCUGCUUUUGGUUUGUCACCAAGAUCUACAGCGUGGUCAAAGUGGAUUAAAUGAAAGCAAUCUCAUAUAAGACUGAACUCUUCUCAGCCCAAUGUGAGAUCCCAUAGGGAGGGACUUGAGCGCUGUUUAACGUCUAUCUGUUGCCACGGCGACUCUGCUUUACACCAACAACUCUGAAUCAACAAAUUCCAGUUACUUUGCUGUGUGUGUGUGUGCAUUAGUAGUGCAUAUUCAGCCAUUUGAAAAAAUCAACUCAUCUGCUUCUUUAGUUGGAAUGGAAUACAGCAAACGUGCACAUUGGUCACUGCGACUCACAUAAGUAAUUAAGAUUUGGAGUUUUCCCUUGUAAAUAUUACUUACUUUUUUCUUUUGCUAACAUUUAAAUGAAAGGAUAAAGCAUACAUUACAAAGAAACUAUCUCCAGUUAUUGAAUCUUCAUGGUGUCAGAAGUAUGAUUUUGUAAAUAGCAUUUUUCUUUAAAUGCUUCAAAAAAGAGACUAGAGAUUAAAAAUGGAAAGACUUCAUUCUGAGUUGAUUUAAGAGUAAGGCUGUGUGAAAUUUCUUUCCAUCAUGUUGAUACUGUAAAAUUACUGCUUGUGUAUUCUUGUGUAUAACCAGAGGAGGGGUGUCUAUUUAACUUUUUGUUUGGUCUUUUAUUUCUUGAUUCCGUUCAUGCCUCAACACAUUGUGUGCCUCGUUAUCACAGGAAAAUCAAGACCUUUUUUUUUUUUUUCAUUUAGGAACAGGUUUGUGAAAAUGUGAAGUUCCCCAUACAUACACAGGGGCACUGGAGUGAAAUGAUUUUCUUUGUAUAUAUGCACAGCAUUUAAACGUGUGUCCAUAAACUACAUUAGCUUGAAUAGCCACUCAGUUUUGAGUUUGUCUUCUCUGAUUUUGAGGUAAUGAGAUUACAAGAAAAACAUAAAAAGAUAUUAGAAAUUAAACCACCUUGUCUCCAAGAA